AUGCCGGUGUCCUUCCUAACUCAGUUCCUGGAGAGGAAGGAAAUCGCUCAGGGAUUUCACAAUGAGGCCAAUGGCAUCUACCUAUUGGACAUGAUCUACAUCGACUCGGCCUAUCCGGCAUCGGAUAGCAUCAUCGAGACAGAGCAGAGGACCAAUCAGAUGAACAAUUUGCUGAGGGUGAUCUCUGACCUGCAGAGAUCCUGUAAAUAUGAUCACCUGGUGACCCUCCCCCAUGUUCAGAAGUAUUUAAUGUCCGUGCGCUAUAUCGAGGAGCUUCAGAAGUUCGUAGAGGACGACAACUUCAAGCUUACUCUGAAGAUCUCCCCACUGUAUGGCUCAGCGCAUUCCUCAUCCAAGGAAGACCUAGCAGGUCCGUCUGAUGUGUCUGCCUCUGUGAGGUACAACUACCGGCGACCCACCUGUCCCGACGCCUCGGUGAUGGUGCACAUGCCCACGCCCCCCCCCUCUCGCCACAGGAAGAGCCAUAGCCUGGGCAACAAUAUGAUGGCGUAUGGCAUGGUGGAGAGUAAGAGCGCCACGUUCCCCAUUGAGAAGCCACGCCACCUGUUGGAUGACAGCUUCCUGGAGUCCCAGAGCCCAGCUCGACAUGACCCACACAGCAUGGCCAUAUCUAACGGGAUGUCUUUAGGCAGCAGUGAAAGCUCAUUCGACGAGGAACUCUCGCCAGGGAUGGAAAGGGGACGCAUGUAUGCCACACUGGGCCCCAACUGGAAGGUCCCUCUACGUAAUUCACCUCGGAGCCGCAGCUAUGUUUACAGCCCCUCGGGUGCCAACCCGUGCCACGGGUGCAGCGAGGUGGGCAGUGUUACUAUCGAGGGGCCCCUUCGGAGGAAGACCCUGCUGAAAGAGGGCCGAAAACCCAAGUUGUCAUCGUGGACACGUUUUUGGAUCACUCUGUCUAGUUCGACGCUGACGUUCUACGGGGCCAAAGCCUUGAGGGCCUCCGAGAGGAAGCAUUACAAAUCUUCAGCCUGUAAGAAGGUGUGUGUAACGGGCUGGAUGGUUGUCCUGCCUGACGACCCGGCUCGACCAAACAUCUUCCACCUCAACGACCCGGAUAAAGGUAAUGCUUACAAGUUCCAGACGGGAUCCAGAUUCUCUGCAAUCAUCUGGCACAAAAACCUGGAAGAGGCUUGCAGGAGCUGUAGACCUCAGAUACCAACCAACCUAAUGUCAUUUGAGUAAUGGACAACCAGCCAGCUUGCCCAGUGGGGAGUUAGUGCCAAGCCCUUUUCUAUGGGAGUCUAACAAACUCUGAUAAAAUGGUGGAACGGAGGAAUUGGUUGGAAUCCUAUGAAAUGAGUGGUGAGGAAGUGUAGAAGUGUGUGUCUGAUUCUACAGACUGGGGCAGAUGCUCUUUACCACUGGGGACACACACACAGCGUUUUAGCCAAGGACUACGUGCGAUGUCUCUCUUUCCAGAGAAAGGAAAACAAAUAUGUAAAGCCCCUGUUUCGUGUCAAAGCUUUCUCGCUUGUCGUUUGUUCCGCUGCUAUAAACGUUCUGAGCUCAUAUUUCUUUGGCCCAUGUUGGGUUUUGCUUAGAAGAAAGGAUUAAAAAAUACCUGUAAAUGCACAAAGACUGACAGUGUUAAGAGACUGUGAUAAGGGGGCUCUUGGAGACUGUGACUUGGGCCCUUGGAGUAUCAGCACUGCCAUCCCCCCCUAACUAUUUGAGCCAAUGUUUCAGACCACUGUUGACUGGACACUUUGCAAAACACACGCUAGAUUGAGGCUCAUCGUCGACCCUGGUCCUUGCGUCAGGCAGCGGACUGAUGCUCAUCGUCGACCCUGGUCCUUGCUUCACGCAGCGGACUGAUGCUCAUUGUCGACCCUGGUCCUUGAGUCAGGCAGUGGACUGAUACUCAUCGUCGACCCUGGUCCUUGAGUCAGACAGCGGACUGAUACUCAUCGUCGACCCUGGUCCUUGAGUCAGGCAGCGGACUGAUACUCAUCGUCGACCCUGGUCCUUGCUUCACGCAGUGGACUGAUGCUCAUCGUCGACCCUGGUCCUUGUGUCAGGCAGCGGACUGAUGCUCAUCGUCGACCCUGGUCCUUGAGUCAGGCAGUGGACUGAUGCUCAUCGUUGACCCUGGUCCUUGCGUCAGACAGCGGACUGAUGCUCAUCGUCGACCCUGGUCCUUGAGUCAGGCAGUGGACUGAUACUCAUCGUCGACCCUGGUCCUUGUGUCAGGCAGUGGACUGAUACUCAUCGUCGACCCUGGUCCUUGAGUCAGACAGUGGACUGAUGCUCAUCGUCGACCCUGGUCCUUGCGUCAGGCAGCGGACUGAUGCUCAUCGUCGACCCUGGUCCUUGCUUCACGCAGCGGACUGAUGCUCAUCGUCGACCCUGGUCCUUGUGUCAGGCAGUGGACUGAUACUCAUCGUCGACCCUGGUCCUUGAGUCAGACAGUGGACUGAUGCUCAUCGUCGACCCUGGUCCUUGCGUCAGGCAGCGGACUGAUACUCAUCGUCGACCCUGGUCCUUGCUUCACGCAGCGGACUGAUGCUCAUCGUCGACCCUGGUCCUUGUGUCAGGCAGUGGACUGAUGCUCAUCGUAUCGACCCUGGUCCUUGAUUCAGGCAGCGGACUGAUACUCAUCGUCGACCCUGGUCCUUGCGUCAGGCAGCGGACUGAUGCUCAUCGUCGACCCUGGUCCUUGCGUCAGGCAGUGGACUUUACAGCAGAAGUCAUGACUCAUUGAGUUUUCAAAUAAGGGAGAAAGGACUUGGCUUUCUGAACAACUAGUUAUUUAACAUACAAAGGCUCAGCCAAACCUGAACCACCCACUGCUCAGUCAAACCCCACUAUUUAUUAUAGCCAUACAAACAAUGUCUGCCGAUUUAAAGACCAAUAGUAGGUUGAGCAAGAAAAGCCUUUUAUUGGUUCAGAUGAGAUGACAAAUGAAGACUUUUCUACCAAUCAGAAAGGAAACAAACACACAGGAAGAAAAGAAGAAAAAAAAUGUAUGUUGCACUUUUUGUCAUAACAAUUUAAGUUUGAUUCACAACUUUAUUGUCCAUCAAAGGGGAAAUGUAUUUGGUCACUUGCAAUGACAUUCAUCAUCAUCAUCAU